GAGAGCAAUUUCAAGUUUAGUUAAAAAAAGAAACAUUCUAAGAAAUUACAAACACAACGCGCGAAAUGUGUAAUCCCGCUGUCCAGCGACUUGCCGUAGCUACAUGGCCGUGAGGCUUGGGGCCCAAUGUUUUACCCUGUUUUCUGUACAAAGUUUCAAACAGUAGCGAAAACUUUUUAGAAUGUCCCCAUUUAUUCUAAAACCCAAAGCUUUUAUACGCAGAAUGUGAAGAUUAUUUUCCUUUAGCACUUUUCAUGAGUCUACUUCUACAUUGAGCUUGAUGGCGGCGUUAAUAUUCAUGCCCCGGCGUCUUCUGUUAUGGUCGCUUUGCUUGGCUUAUCUUGUUGAAUGCGAGAUCUCUGUAGAAAGCGAGGAAACUACCCAUCAAAGCAACCAACAGAGUUUCUUUGCAAACGAAUUCAAGAAAGACGAGGAAACAUGCCAUGACCCGCAGAAAUGCAAGGAUGUUCCACUUGUGGAAAGUACAAAGUGUUGGGGUUAUGAGUCAAGAUGUUCUACUCCUGAUAAAUGGUACAAGAGGCCAGUGUGUGAUGAUUCCUCUGGGUGGAGACACUAUUCAUCAAAUGAAGAGAAGGUUAAUAGCUUUUGGACAGAGGCUGACUUUGGUUAUGUCAAGAAAUUUAUAGAUUCAACAAAAGAUGUUUGUAAAUCAGACAAGGUGAAUGGUGGAUCACUACAGUGCUCUAAGGAGCUUGGCUACUGCACUGCCAAUAAUCUGUACAUGGAUCUGCGCAAAGGCACUAGGACGCAAAACGAGAGGUUUAACCCUGAAAUGCUGGCUGGGUUCUGUGACCUUGACCUUGCAGUGUUACAAGAUCUAGGAGGGCACAGAAUGGAGUUAACAUCCUGGGUUGCAGAGAUAGAGAAAUACCAAAGCAUUCCGUAUGACCCCUUAUCUGAGGGUCAUUGUGAUGUCAUCAUUGAAAGACCAACGUUCUUCAUGAAGCUUGAUGCUGUUGUGAACAUGUACCAUCAUUUCUGUGAUUUCUUCAACCUGUACGCCACACAGCAUGUGAACGGAUCCUUUAGUACUGAUGUCAACAUUGUGCUCUGGGAGGCAUACAAACGUGGGGGCCUGGGUAAUUUUAGUCCCACAUGGCGUGUGUUCACUCGCCAUCCUUUGCUCUACCUUGGCCAUGACUUUGCUGGAAAACGGGUGUGCUUCAAGCACGCCAUUUUCUCAUUGCUCCCUCGCAUGGUCUUUGGUUUGUUCUACAACACUCCACUGACUCCUGGAUGCUCAGGGAGUGGUCUGUUCAAGGCUUUUUCAAAUCAUCUUGUGAAGCGACUCGGGAUUGUGCAAGAGCGCAAUGAAUCGGAUGUUGAUGCACCUGUACGUGUGACACUUUUAUCCCGAGGAACAAAGUACCGAGAUAUACUGAAUGAGAAUGAGCUUGUGGAAGCUCUGAGCAGCCACCCAGCCAUCUCACUGAAGAUUGCAAAGUUUUCCUGGGAUGUGCCCUUUUUAGACCAAAUAAAGGUUACCCAUAACACAGAUGUGUUUCUUGGCAUGCAUGGUGCAGGUUUGACACAUGCGCUCUUUCUGCCAGAUUGGGCGGUGCUGUUUGAACUCUAUAACUGUGAUGACCCAAAUUGCUACAAAGAUUUAGCAAGACUGAGAGGGGUUAGCUAUAUCACAUGGGAGGACAAGAAUAAAGUUAUAGAAAAAACAGAGGAACUCCAUCCUGAGUAUUCAGAACACCCAAAGUUCAGGAACUAUGCAUUUGAUGCGGAAGAGUUUAUGAGGCUUGUAACAUUAGCUGUUACUAAAGUUCGUGAAAACCUAAAGUCACACAUCCAAAACACCUAGAUAUGAAUCAACCUAGAAAUAUCACAAGACACAGUUGAACUGAGACUGAGACAUUGCAUGAUCCAGUUGAGCUAACACUUAACAUAGACAAAUUAACAUACCCACCAACCCCAGAAGAUCUUGAGAACUGUUUAUUUGGGGAGGGGUGGAGUAUAUACCCUUGGCAGCCUUCAAAUAAGUGGUUUGCUCUGCCUCCCUUUCAUUCUAUUUUAUUUUUUGGCUCAGUCAUUUAAGUAUAAAAAUUCCUUUGAGGUUUUGAUGCAUGUUUUUUUUACUACUAUAGGUGUUGUGUUUUUUAGUGUUUCGGGGUUGGAUAAGCAGUAGUUACUAGGAAGUUCUCACAAGUCCUUAGGGUGAGAAGUUUAACCAUAAUUUCACAAAGUUAGGAAUCGUUUAAAAUGUCUAUUUUUGGGACAUAAAACAAUUAAACCAAAGCAUGCAUAAAAUUGUAUAUAUUUACAAAAUGUUUUAUGAAAAUUGUUUUAUUUUAUAUUUAUAUCAGUUAAAGCUAAUUAUUUCAGUUCAAGCAAAGAUGUUUCAGAAACUUAUAUUAGGUUUAUAUGCAUGAAAUGUGAACAAAUAAAACGGAAAAAUAAAAAUAAAUGUUGUUAUGAUAAUCAAUAAACCAAGAUGGUCUGAGCAGAA